GGAAGAAUCCGAGAGACUAUUCUUUUAACCAUUCCUUCAUUGAGGAGAGCGGCAGCUGAGCGCACUGUAAACCACACUCUGUUUACCGUGAAGUGGGUUGGUUCUCACGUCGCCAGUGAUAUAAACACAAUGGACUGAGGAUGGAGUUAGUUCUGCAUGGAUCAUUCCGCUUCCAAACCCAAGCGCACUCAAAUCCUGAUCUAUAAACUGGAAGUGACUGGGAAUAAUUUUUGCGCUCGCUGAAGCACACUCCAGCUCGUUGCAAAAGAAAAUGAGCAACAUCUACGAGUCGGCUGCAAACACGCUAGGACUCUUUAACAGCCCCUGUCUGACCAAAGUUGAGUUGCGGGUGGCAUGCAAGGGGAUUUCCGACCGAGAUGCUCUUUCCAAACCAGACCCCUGCGUGAUCCUUAAGAUGCAGUCUCACGGCCAGUGGCUCGAGGUUGACAGAACAGAGAUAAUCAGAAGCUCUAUAAGUCCAAUCUUCUCCAAAGUGUUUACUGUGGAUUUUUACUUUGAAGAAGUUCAGCGACUGCGAUUUGAAGUUUAUGAUAUCAGCAGUAACCACAACGGCCUGAAAGAUGCCGACUUCCUGGGUGGAAUGGAAUGUACCCUUGGCCAAAUUGUGUCCCAGAGAAAACUUUCAAAAUCAUUGCUUAAACAUGGAAACACGGCAGGGAAAUCUUCAAUAACGGUCAUUGCGGAAGAGUUAUCUGGAAAUGACGACUAUGUUGAGCUUUCAUUUAGUGCAAGGAAAUUGGAUGACAAGGAUUUUUUCAGCAAGUCUGAUCCCUUUCUGGAAAUAUUCAGAAUAAAUGACGAUGCCACUCAGCAGCUUGUACACAGAACUGAGACUGUUAUGAACAACCUUAAUCCGCUUUGGAAAACCUUCAAAGUAUCUUUGAACUCCCUGUGCAGUGGAGAUCAUGACCGUAAACUAAAGUGUAUUGUCUGGGACUGGGAUUCGAACGGGAAGCACGACUUCAUAGGAGAAUAUCACACCACCUUCAAGGAAAUGCGAGGGGCCAUGGAUGGCAGACAGAUGCAGUGGGAGUGUAUAAAUCCCAAAUACAAAGUGAAGAAGAAGAAUUACAAGAAUUCAGGAAUUGUGAUUCUGAAUCAGUGCAAGAUCCACAAGAUGCAUUCAUUCCUAGAUUACAUUAUGGGUGGAUGCCAGAUCCAAUUUACAGUAGCAAUUGAUUUUACAGCGUCGAAUGGAGAUCCACGAAACAGCUGUUCUUUGCACUACAUCCAUCCCUAUCAGCCUAAUGAAUAUCUGAAAGCUUUGGUUGCUGUUGGGGAGAUAUGUCAAGACUAUGAUAGUGACAAAAUGUUUCCUGCAUUUGGUUUUGGAGCAAGAAUACCACCUGACUUUAAGGUGUCUCAUGAUUUUGCUGUGAACUUUAAUGAAGACAACCCAGAAUGUGCUGGUAUACAAGGGGUUGUUGAAGCUUAUCAGAACUGCCUUCCGAAAAUUCAGCUCUAUGGGCCAACAAACAUUGCCCCGAUUAUUAUGAAAGUGGCCAACUCCGCGUCCGAAGAGAUGCACACAAAGGAAGCCAUGCAAUACUUCAUCCUGCUGAUCCUGACGGACGGAGUGAUCACAGACAUGGCCGACACCAGAGAGGCGAUUGUCCAUGCCUCCCAUCUCCCCAUGUCUGUCAUCAUCGUGGGCAUCGGCAACGCGGACUUCAGCGACAUGCAGAUGCUGGACGGGGACGAUGGCAUCCUCAGGUCUCCCAAGGGUGAACCGGUUCUUCGGGAUAUUGUGCAGUUUGUGCCGUUUAGGAAUUUCAAGCAUGCUUCCCCUGCAGCACUGGCAAAAAGCGUUCUGGCAGAAGUUCCCAACCAAGUGGUAGACUAUUACAACGGCAAGGGAAUCAAGCCCAAGGGUCUGUCAGAUUUCGAGUCUUCCAGGACAUUCGGCCCCUAAAGUCUUUGCACAUGUUUACAUAGUUCUUGGAAAAAAAAUAGCACGUUUUGGUGAUUUUUAUCUAAAAGAUUUUUUUGCAUGAUUAGCCCAGAGGCUUGCAUCUGUUUCACAGUUGUAUUGUUGAGGACAUUUUUAUGAAGAUAAACUGACUCCUUUACGUAUAAGCAUGUCGCCUUGAAAAUAACUGAAGAAAAAAAAAACAAGUUGUCUGUAUUGGUUUUUCUACAGGUUUGUUGAGAUUUUGCUAAAUUUCGUAAUAUUCUUACACUGUAAAGCAUUUUGGAUCAAGGAAAAGUUGAUAGCUAACUGUAUUAGUUUCAUCUGCUCCCAACCAACAGUUUUUUUCUUUUCUGAUUAAGCGGAUGUGUGCACUGUAUUUUGCAUGUUAAUAAUAAAAAGACAGGUUUUU